AUGAUUUUCCCACGCAAUAUUUUAUUUAGGUCUCACAUUUUUCAUAAAUAUAUUUUUUCAUCUCACAAAACCAUAUUUAUAAGGUCUAUAGACAAGCCUAAUAAAGGAUCUAAAACGAAAACUGAAUGUUUGUUGCAACAACAGCCAUAUACUAAAUUCUUCAUCUUAGAUUUUGAAGCAACUUGUGACAAUGGACCACAUUUACUGAAACCACAGGUUGAUAUUUAUGGUUGAGAUAUGUUAAUUUGUUGACUUAAUAAUAAUAUUUGCAUAAACUUAACUCAACAACAUUUGGUAAAUACAAAAUAUAAUGAUAGUAUGCUUAAUUAUUAAUUAUUAUUGUCUGAAUGGACAAAAUCCCUUAACAUUGCAUACUUACAAAAAUAAAAGUAUACACAUUAAAACUUUUUAAAAAUAUUAACAAAAAAAUUAAGAAUAUUUGAAUAUGAUUCAUUAGCCAUACACAUUGUACAUAGAAAUAUAUCAUGUUUUUUGUAAUUCUUUAAUUUGUUUAACAAAUCAAAUUUAAAUAGGAGAUACAGGAAAAUAAUAUUGUUAUAUGUAUGUAACAUAUUUCAAUAUCAGUACAAACAUUGUAUUGAAAAAACAUUUGAAAUUAAUUUAUUAAUUCAUUAGGUAAUAUUAAUUUUACUUUUUUUUCUUAGGAAAUAAUUGAAUUUCCGUGUAUAUUUGUGGAAUUAAAUAAACUUAAUGGUUUUUUUGAAGUGAAAUCAUGUUUUCAUUCAUAUGUUAGGCCUAUGAUUCAUACAGAGUUAUCAGAAUAUUGUACUCAAUUAACUGGAAUUACACAGGUACCUACAUUUAUUUUAUUAUGUACAAAUAAGAACUAGUAGGUAAUUAUAUAUUUUUAUUUUAAUGUUAAUAUAAGUUUAUUCAUAAUACUUAUGUUUUUUUAUGUUUAAUUUUAGGAUAUGAUUAAUGGUAGUAAAUUGUUUGAUGAAGUUUUCCAUGAUUUUUGUCAUUUUUAUAAACAUCAUACCAUAAACAAUGAAAAUAAAUCCAUUAUAGUUACUUCAGGUAACUGGGACCUAGGCAAUAUAUUUUCUGAGCAGUGUAAAUUAUUCCCUGAAACUAUACAAGUUCCAGACUUCAUGUGUUCAUGGAUAAAUAUUAAAAAGGUAUUUCAAUAAUUAAAAUUUAAUAAGGCUGCUAAUUUUAAAAAAAAAAAACAAUAAUUAAUUUAAUAGUUAUUCGGGCUGACAACAGGACAAUAUCCAUAUGGUAUAAAAAAUAUGCUUCAGUCAACUAAUUUAAAACAAAUUGGAAACAUUCACAAUGGACUAGGUAUUAUAAUAAUUUAAUUUCAUCUUAAUAAAGAUUAAAGUAUCAUGGUUAUAUUUUUCUUUUAGAUGAUUGUGUGAACAUUAUAACUAUAAUGAAUUAUUUAGCACAAAAAGGUUGUAUAUUUAACAGAACUAAUAAAUUAACUAACAUAUGAAAUAUAUUUUGUUAUUAUAUGUGUUAUUGAAUUUUAUCUAAUAUUGUAAAAUCACAAAGAUAUUCUUUAUUGUAUAAAGGUACACAAUAAAGUAUGGUUACCUUUACCUAGGUUAUAAUUUGUAGUAUAAUUUGUAUAGGGUAUCACAACUAUUUUGAUUAAACUUCUUCUUCUAAACCUUUAGCUUAGCUCACACAGGUGGGGUCAGUUACUCUUGUAUUCCACAUUUUUCUAUUCAUCACCAUUUCUGUCUACUCUUACCAUAGCAACUUUAUUCUGGUUACUUUCGUGGCAAUAAUAAAUUUUCCUUAUCUCAAUAUAUCCAUACCAUCUCAAUUUGUUUUCUCUUAUUUUUCCUGCUAUAGUAUACCCACUACUCCUAUAGCCUAUUUCACUAGAGAAAGGUAUGGUUUUGUAAAAGUUGCAAAAGUUCAUUGUAGUGGUUCAAUGUGGUGAGACAUGCACAGCCAAAGACAUUUUUUUGUCAGCGGCUGGAAUGGACUAUAGAUUAUAUAUUAUUUUAAUUAAUCUGAAAAACUUAAAAUAUUAUUUUUAUAGCGAAUGUUACAGCUAUACAAAUGACAAUUAUCCCAUCAAUUGUUUUUCUCACAGGGCUAUGCCUGAAUGGGUGUGAGAUGUACUUACGCACCAGGUACUAUGACUACAGGGGUGCCAUUAAACAUUUUUAAAGUUUAGUAAUUGAAUAUUUUUACAAUAAUAUAUGAGUGAACACCAAUAGACAGGUUGAGCCUUUUUUUUUUUUUUUUUUUUUUGCUUAAAUCGCCAAUUUUGCUAGGCACUACACUGGUAAAUAACAUAAUUAUCAUUCUUUUAAACAUUUGAAAACAUUUAAAAAUAUGGGAGUAUCUGUAUUCGGUGAAUGGUCAAUAUUAAAUUAUUAAUUUAAAAAUGCACAUAGAACAUAGUACAACAAGUUCAUAUGCAGGUUUUUUACUGUUUGGGUACUUAUUAAUUAUCAGAGCUCAUAUUGCAUUUCAUUUUUAAUGAUCUUAGAAAUACUUAUUGUAAGCUAUAAAUUCAUUUAAAGAAAUCACAAAAGUAUAUAAAUGAAAGUUUAUGUUGCAUAUUUCAAAAUUUAAGUACUAUUUUGCAUUUUUUGUAUGUUUAGCGUUAUUUCAAGACUUUUUUUUAUUAUUUAAACUGUCUGAAAGCUUUUAUUGUAACAAUCAAAAUAAAUCUAAGAAUACAUUAUCAAAGGUGUACAUAAAUACUUGUGAUGUAUUUAUAUACAAAAAUAAAUACAUGAUAACAAGAAUUAUUAUUAAAAAUUAAUUUUUUUUCUCUAUUAGUGCUGUAACUCAGUAUGAGUUUUUCAAAAUUCUCAAAAUUUGUUUGUGGUAUACAUAAACAUUUUUGUGGCAUACAGGAGUUAUAUUUAAUAUGGCAUCAUGGUGUCCCACUACAUAAAAUUUUAAUUAUUAGACAAUUGUUUAUCAAUGAAUCAGUUUUAAACUGUAUCUACCAAAUUAUUAAUUAGCACAUAAUUAUUCAAAGACAGUUGUUAAAAUUCUUUUAAUAAUACUCAUAUGUUUGUAAGCUCUUUUAAUAUGUAAUAUGUUUUUUUAAUUAAUAAAGGCGCCAAUGGUUUGUAAAUUACAGUUGUGAAUAGAACAAUAUUUUACAACCAUGCUGUUGUAUGUAAAAUUUAUUAUAUUUAUAUUGUACUUAAUAAAUAAAAACUAUAUAAAAAAACUAGCAAAAUUUAAAUGUUUACAAAUAGCUCAAAAAUGGCUCAAAUGUUUUGAAAAUUUUCCAACAGUAGAAAACUUUUGCUUGGAAAAAGCAAGUGUAAGUUUUCAUUUAAAAUUUCCAGUUUUCUACAAAUAUUUUUAACUGAAUUGCAUUAAAAAUUGAAAAUAAUAAAAGCAUUAUUUUUACGUUUUCAGUUUCGCUCAGUUAUUAAAAAAAACUAUAAAGAAAACCAAAACAACUUUCUUGGUUAUUAACUAGAUUAAAAAUUUAACAAAAAAUAUCAAUGAUAUUUUUUUUAGAGUAAUACUUAUGGUCGAAAAUAUAAGCCAUAUAAAUUUAAAAUAUUGAAAUCGUCUGAUAUCAAUUUUAAUUGUUUAUCUCUUUUGGUUUUUCUCAAUUAUUACGAUAAAUUUUGAAAAAUCAAAAAAUAACUUGCUAAAAGGUACUACACUCGAAGCAUUGGAGCAAGGUUUCUUUUUGAAAAGUUGUUUACAGAUGGAUAAGAAUAAAAACCAAUAGAUCCCUCACUACUCUCCGAAUCUAAAACCAGUCUCAUUGAUGAAAAGAGUGGUUAAUAGUAUCUAUUAUGAAAGUUAUGGAUGUAAGUAUUCAUGUCGGUAUUGUAUCUUUAUUAAUUGUUAUAGUAAAUAUUAGUGGACAUCAAACUUAAGCUUAUAAUAAAUAUAUAUUAUCAUCAAACAUUAUUUUUCAUAUGUACAAAAAGUAUAUUUUAUUCUUUUUUGUUUUGAAGAUAAAACAUUUAAUAUUGUGUUUAUUAUAUAAUAUAUUAUAAAUAUUAUUAUUAUCUAAUUUAAUUAUCAUUCUUAUAAGUAAUAUUUUAUUCAAUAUUUAUUCAUUUUCUUAAAAAUUGUAUGUAUUCAUUAACAGUAUUAUAAUAAAACAUGCAGCAUGAAAAAAUUAUAUUUGUUUUUAUUUGAUAGUAGGGUUAAUUAUUGCUUAUAUCAUAUAAGCAAUAAUGUAAUAUUAUAAACAAAUAAUUUACUACACACAUUUAUAUAUAUAUAUAAAUACCUGAUUCAAAUUAUGAUUUCAUACUAAUUAAUUAGUUGAAUUAUCACAAAUUAAAGAUGAAAUUAUUCUGUGGCAAUAUUAUAUUGUUUCUUAUAUUAUGUAAAAUUAUAUAUAGGUAACAAUUAAAUUAAAUUUUUGUAUAAAAACAAAGUUAAUAUUUUUUUUUUUUUACCAUUUAUCAUCUUAUAAUAUUUAGAUAUAUAUUAAAAAUAUUAUUAGUAUUUUGUUUUAACAAUAUUCUCUUAAGAAUCUAAUACAAAUAAUCGUGUUCAUUUAUUUUAAUAGGUAAUAUUAUUAAUAUUUUGUUUUGACAGCAUUUUCAUAAAAAACUUAACAAUAUAUUUAAGGUUUUAAAGGCUUUUUCUCUUUGCUAAAAAGUGAUGUGACAAUAUUUAGUUUAAACAUUUACUACACUAUACUCACAUUUAUUGUGUUUAUUGUAUAAAUGUAGGUAGGUAUUAAACAGGAAUCAAUUCGGCUCACCUUCAUAAAGUAGGUACCUUUUUCAAACGGGAACCAAUUUGGCAUGUGGGGGAUGAGCUCGGAAACCAAUUCGGAUACAUUUAUUACAUUAAACUAUUAUUGUACAUUUAUGCAUAACAUAUUAUAAUACGAAUAUUUGUAUUGAUUCAAGGUGAUGUAAUAACUCGCUAUAUACAUUAAAAGUUAUAAGUAUACUUAAAACUUCAUACAAUAGAAUAAUUUUUCACACACUUGCGUUUAAAAUACAUAAAUAACUUGGUUGAACAUUUUAAUUACAUUAUUUAUAAAAUAUAAUACAUAUUAUUUAUAAUUUAAUUAAUAAUUAUAAAAUUGCCUAUUAAUUAAUUAUCCAUAGAAUAACUUUUCACACAUUUUUUUUUCAAGUUGGUCUAUAUAUAUAGGUAACAUGUUAGUACAACAAAUUUGAUGUCAGUGUAUAAUAUUUACAUAUUUAAUAUUCUAUGUCAAUAGUUUGUUUUUUUUUUUAAUUAUUAUUUAUUCAUUGCAACUAUCAAAUUCGUAUUGGCGCCGAAACAGCAGAAAUAAUACCUAGUCUAUACAAUUAGGUAGGUGUUUUAAUAAACCGAUAAAUGGUCAAUUAUUCAUUUUGAUGUGUAUAGAUUUGUUUAGAAAAAUACCUAGUUAUUUUUAUGCAAAUAUAGAUAGGUACCAAUUUUAAAUUAUAGAUAAAGAACAAAAUAAAAAAAAAAAGUAUGGUUUUAAUUUAAGAACUUCUUAUAAUCACGACUCGAGCUUAAGUAAAUGUAUCUGAUGCAUAUUUGUUCUAGGAGUAGGUGCCUACAUAAGUAAAACAACAAAUUUGUUUCAAAAUCCUUAUUUAGAUUUUAAAUUGAAAACUUUAAUUUAUAUUAUUUCAAAUUUUGACUUUUUAUUCUAUAAAUGCAUAUUUUUAAAAUUGUUUGAUCUUUACAAUCGCACAAAAAAAAACUUCAAUAAAAUAAAAUUAGGUUGUUGACGUUAGGUAACCAAAAUUAAAAACACUUAGUUUUUAAAAUUGCUUUUUACAUUAUUUAAGUUUAUUACAUGAUUCAUUUUAAUGGGGUACUAAAAUAUUUUUAACAAUAGGGAUCUAUAAAAUUUCAUUUUCAAAAUAAUAUUUGUUUUUUAAUCCUCAUUUUACGAUUAUCACCACUUUACCUAUUAAAUAAAUAUGAAUAAAUGGUAAAGUACCUUACCUAUAUUUAGUAUUUUCUUAUAUAAUUUUUCGUUGGGCAACUUAUAAUAAAACUAGCCAUUUGAACUUUUGACAGUAGAUACAUAGCUUAGCAUAAGCAUUAUUGAAACUUGUUGAGUGAAUAUUUUAACGUUUUUAAAAGCACACUAAGUCCCGCGUCCUGAUUAUAACUAUGCAAGUAAAGUAGGUACAUUUAAAAAAAAUAUAUUUUAAAAUAUUGGUUUAUAUUUUAAGUUUUUAGUUUGGUACCCUACCUAAUUAUUAAAAUCAAUAAUAUACCUAGGAGAUACCUACCAAACGUUCCAAUUGUGUCCUAUUUAUUAGGCAUAAGUACCUAUCUCAAAUGUUAUUAUGUUUUUUUAUUUUUUUAGAAAACUUAAAAAUGGAUUUCGAUCUAGGCAAAUGGCCGGACAACGUAGGGAUAUUAGCCAUAGAGUUGGUAAUUCCGUCCAGAUACGUAGAACAGGAUGAUCUCGAAAAACACGAUCGCGUACCCAAAGGAAAAUAUACCAUCGGUCUGGGUCAAGAACGUAUGGCCAUUUGUUCCGACCGCGAAGAUGUUGUUUCGUUGUGUCUGACUGCCGUUAGCUCUUUAAUGAUUCGCACCCAAACGAGUAAUAUUAUAAAGUUAUUACCUAUCUAUCUAAAUAACAGCCAAAAGGGCAUAUCCAUAUAGAUAUUGCAAGAGACAUAAAUACAAUUUUAUCACCAAAUGUAGGUAUUUUUAUUGAGUUCAUUAUAAUCAUAUGAUAAGGUAGUCGAGGAAUCAAUUGUAUAAAGUUUUAUAACCGUUUUUUUAAAGAGUGCCUAAUUUGCUGAACUAGGGUCAAAGACUAUUUUAACGCUACCGGUGAUUUUAUAUUUUCGUUGAAAAUUGCAUUCGUUAUAACCCAGAUCAGUAAAUUUGCUGAUAGCUGAUCUGCUUUAAAAUCCAUAAAACUAUCAGAAAUGAUGACAUUUUGUAUACUUACGUGAUAAGUUCUAUCGUAGGUUAAAUAACUUGCUAGUUUCAUGUAUUCAAGUUAAAAAUUACACUUGUUAAAACCAAUUCAGUAUUUCGUUGAAUUGCGGUAGCAGUUCAGUAAAUCUGCUGAUCUGCUCUAAAAUCCGUUAAACUUUACCAGAAAUUAUGAAGUUUUGUAUACGUAAUAAAUUUAACCAUAUUUAUAUAAUCUGUUAAUUUUGAGUACUAGUACAGUAGAUACUACCUAUUAUUGAGCUAAAGUAGUUCGUGGCCGCAGUUCAACAAAUUAAUCUACCCGUUUUUUUAUCGUUCGUUUUAUUAUCAAAACAAUAGUGUCGAAUAUCGAAUAUUUCUUGUAACUUCAAUGGUCGAAAUUUAAUUUACAAUAUAUAACGCUUACGGGACAUGUCAUAACAGUACCCUCCGACACCAGUGUCAUAAUACAUCCAAAAUAUAAAUUCAAUAAAAUCCGGCUCUUUAUGUACCUACCUAUGUAUUUUAACUAGGUACCUAUUGGUAUGAUAGGUAGGUAUUAUUACUAUUAUUAUCAUAAGUAGGUAGGUUGAUAUUACCUUUGGGGUGUCAUUACAUAAAUAAACACAUUCUUAAUCAAUUAUUAAUUGCAUUGGUGUAUUAGGUUAUUCCGAUAUUGGAAGACUCGAAGUAGGUACAGAAACAUUGGUUGACAAGUCAAAAAGUAUAAAAUCCAUGUUGAUGCGUUUGUUCAAUGAAAAUUGUAAUGUAGAAGGGGUGGAUUCGAUAAAUGCUUGUUAUGGAGGGACGGCGGCACUGUUUAACUCAAUAGCAUGGCUAGAAUCCAGUGCUUGGGACGGUAUGUUAUAUACUUAUAUAUACCUACUUCAUACUUAUAAAUAUCAUUUUCAUUAUUCUAAUCGACUAUGUUUUUAGGAAGAUUCGCUAUUGUAGUUGCUGGAGAUGUUGCUGUCUACAACCGUGGAACAGCUAGGCCAACAGGUGGAGCAGGUGCUGUGGCCAUGUUGCUAGGGCCCAACGCACCAUUAACAUUGGACAGAGGUUACAUAAUGUAUUUUUUGAAACUAUAAAUCUAUCAUUAUUUGUUUAAUAUUUUUAAUCCAUCCAUAAUUUUGACAUUUAAAUUGCUUAUAAAAUAUUUUGAAUAUGAAUAUUGUUAAUUUACUUAAACAGGACUGAGAGCUUCACACAUGGAUAACACAUACGAUUUUUAUAAAGGAGAUAUGCAUACUCAUUAUCCAAUAGUGGAUGGUAAAUUGUCACUGCGAUGUUACUUCAAAUCUUUGUACAAUUGUUAUUCUUUGUAUCGACAAAAAUUUUUGCAGAAAUUUUCUGGUGAUAUCGGUAUUUUAUAACAAUAUUUAAAAAAAUUCUGUGGUUAAUUAAAUUUUUUAUUUCACACUCAAGGUCCUAAAAGCACAUUGGAAUAUUUUGAUGCUAUUAUAUUUCAUUCACCAUAUGGAAAAUUAGUGAGAAAAGCAUUUACAUGGUUACUCCUUAAUGACAUACAAUUAGAUUCAAAACCUUAUGAGAAUUCAGAUUUAUUGAAAUAUCUGUAAGUAUUCCAAUUUAAACAUUUCAGAGCUAAAAUUAAAGUAUUUAAAAAAAAAUGUAUUUAUUUUUCAUAGAAAUGUAGACAUUGGUGUGGAAUUAUUAUCAAAUAUAAAAGUUAUUAAAGAUACGGAACAAUUAUUUAAAAAGCAUACUGCAUCCACUCAAUAUAUUCCUAAGAAUGUAGGAAACAUGUAUACAGCAUCUAUUUUCAGUGGAUUGAUUUCAUAUUUACUGAGGUAAUAAAAUUGUAUUUCAUAUAAAUGCACAAUAUUAAUUGUCAUAUUAAUAUAAUUGAAUGUUGUAGUAAACCAACUAGUGAAAUGGCUGGUAAACGAAUAGCAAUGUUUUCUUUUGGUUCUGGUAUGUGUUCAUCAUUUUAUUCAUUUACUGUACACCCUGGUGCAAAAUUGGAUAUAUUAGUCCACAAUUUAUUUCAACAUGUUCCGGCAAUGUUAGAAAACAGACUUUGUUUAACAGGUGUUGAAUUUGAAACUAUGAUGGAAAAUCAUGAACUAAUUUACAAUCAAGGUAACAUUAUAAUUCUAUUUAUAUUUGUAAUUAUUAUACUUAUUGAACUAUUAAUUAUAAUAAUUGCAUAUAUUUUAUACAGCACCAUUUCAACCAACUUCAAAUAUUGAUAAUUUGUUUAAUGGCUCAUGGUAUUUGACACAUAUUGAUACAACAUUCAAAAGAUAUUAUUCACAGAAAAAAUAA